GCUUUGAAAAGCAAUUCACUUCAAACUUGUUCAAGCUAAGAAAAUAAAAAUUUAGUUACUCAAUUUUAGUAGUAUUGUUGUGCAAUCUAUUACUGCGGUAACCCUUUAUUUCUGGUCUAAGAAAGUUGGUACCAAAUCAUGCGUAAAGAUUAUUGAAAGAUUAAAAAAAAAUUCCUUGAUUUUGUUAAUAUUGUUAUAAAAUAUAAAAUGCGUGAUUUAAUUGCUAAAGGAAUAUUACCAGAAGGUAAAGAAGCUGAAACCAUCGAUGAAAUAAUUCGAGAAGAAAAUAUUAUCAAUUUUACGAAAACAAUUGAAGCUGGUUCACAAAAAGGUGAUAAUUAUUUAGGUGGAAUUUAUCGUAUAAUUAUUAAAGGUAUUGAUUCGAUAACUAAAGAACCACGUGAAUUAUACUUAAUUUUAAAAUGUUCCGCACGUGGUGGAGAAUUUCGUGAAAGUUUUCCACAUAAUAUCGUUUUUCAGCAUGAAUGUUACAUGUACAAUGAAUAUUUACCAAAAUUAUAUGACAUACAAAAAAAAUAUGGAAUUGAAAAUGGUUUAAAAAACGUUGCAAAACUUUAUAAGUAUUCUACGGUGGAUAUGGACGAAUUUAUAGUUCUUGAAGAUAUGAAACAGAAAGGAUUUGUAAUGUUGAAUCGGCAAGAAUGUUUAGAUCUUCAACAUUGUAAGUUUGUAUUACGACAGUUAGCCUACUUACAUGGAUUAGGAUUUGUAUUCAAACAUAAAAAUCAACAAGAGUUUCAAAAAAUGACCGAGCAUUUAGUGUCACCAUUCCAACACAUGGAUCGACCAGAAUUUCGUAUUUUUAUGGAAAAUGUAGCGAAAAAAGCUUUGGGUACAUUAGAUGAGAAUACCAAUGUAUAUAAAGGUUUUGUUGAAUUACAAAAAAAUCUGCAUGAUACUAUGGAUCAAUUAAAAAUUGCAGAUAAGGAAUACUCCAUUGUGGUUCAUAAUGAUUGUUGGAAUAAUAACUUUUUAUUUAAAUACGAGGAUGAAAACGAUCCCACGAAACCAACUAACAUUUGUUUAAUAGAUUGGCAAAUAUCUGAAUUACAUUCUCCAGUCAAAGAUUUAUCUUAUUUUAUUUACAAUUGUACCAGCAGUGAAUUACGUAACUCACAUUUUAAUGAUCUAUUAAAUUACUAUUAUGAACAAUUAACUCAAGUAAUUACAGAUUGUAAUUGUUCAAUAGAUGUCUGUUAUCCACGGACUGUCUUUGAUGGUCAUGUAAAACGAUUUUUCAAGCAUGGAAUCAUUUUUGCGUUAUUUUUAAUGCCGUUAUUUACAAGUGACAAUGAGGAAAUUCCAGAUCAUUUUUCGAAUGAAUCGCGUAAAGAAAAUGAAAAUUGGAUAGCAACCAUAAAGAGCAAAAAUGAAGAUGUAUAUCGUAAACGUAUGAGCAGUAUUAUAACGCAUGCUUUUGAAAAUAAUUUUAUUUGAUUUUUGGAAGAUAUUUUUUGUAAA